AUGUCACAAGUCGCGCAGAGACUCCAUGCCGAGAUGGUUGGGAAGACGGUCAUCAUCACCGGCGUCUCAAAGGAUGGCCUCGGUGCAGAGGCCGCCCGGGUUGUAUCGCAACACAGUCCCAAGCUGCUACUCCUAGCCUCACGAAACACGAGGAAUGUAGCAGAGGUCAUCGACGCCAUCAAGCCCAACGCAUCUCCCGAUGCCGUCAUCGAGCCGCUCGAGCUCGACCUGGCCAGCCAGAAGUCUGUCCGAGCCGCAGCCGCCAAAGUGCUCGAGAUGACGCCCGUUGUCGAUGUGCUGAUCAACAACGCCGGUGUCAUGAUGAUCCCCACCUACCAGACGACGCCGGAGGGCAUCGAGAUGCACUUUGGCACGAACCACAUUGGCCACUUCCUGUUCACGAACCUGCUCAUGCCGGCACUGCGCAAGGCCCCGGCGGGCCCACGCGUCCUGAACAUCUCCUCCGCAGGCAACGGGGGCUCGCCGGUGCGGUUUGACGACUACAACUUUGGCGAGGGGGAGAGCUAUGAGCCAUUUCUUGGAUAUGCGCAGUCCAAGUGUGCCAAUAUGCUGUUCAGCGUCGCGUUGGCGCGGAAAUUGGGGGAUAAGGGGCUGUACGCCUUUAGCAUUGAUCCCGGCUCUGUCGCGGGGACAAAUCUGAGCCGCGAGAUCCCCAAGGAAGAGCUAGUCGCGCGAGGCUGGUUCCUCGAGAAUGGCGACCCGAACCCUGCGUUGCCCUACAAGUCGGCAGCGCAGAGUGUGGCGACAUACAUUAUGGCUGCGUACGAUCCGAGCAUGAAGGAGGUCGCGCCACAUUCGAGGGAUCCCGAGAGUGCUGACAAGCUCUGGAAACUAAGUGAGAAGCUUGUUGGACAGGAGUUUAAUUACUGA